AUGAGAAAAAGGCGAGCUCGUGAGGCUUUCCUGGAGCUGCUCGACCGCGCAUACAAGCACCGCUCCUACAAACUGAGACAUUUACUGCACGGCGGGAGGAUGCACACAUUCUUCAAGAGCACCAAGAUGGAUGCGGCGCUGCUUUGCUACAGCGAAGAGGACUGUACAGCGGAUAUGAAGUGCCCCGAACUAAGAAGCAGGCUCUAUGAACUUGCUAUGACGAUCACGACAAGAGGUGACCCUUCGGAGAAAUUUUACACAGGCAAGAUGGAAACGAGCUACGGAUCGAGCACGAAACAAAAGCCACACGUGGAGACAAUGAUUACAUGGAGGUUCAUCAGGUCGCCUGUGGAAUGGAUCGGGCUCAAGGAUGCUAUUACAUUAUGGGAAUACCGGCUCGACACUCCUAGAGCGUACCUGACGACAGGAGAAGAACAGGAGGAUGCCUUGUAUGAUGCACUCAGCGAGCAAUGA